UACAUGAUUGAGGAAUACUUUGAAAAUUGAUUUCAAGCCCUGGCCUGCAGUUUGCUGGAGUUUGAAUCCCGUGAGUAACGCCGCCACGCUUCUUUUCCUCAGGGAAAAGAGUUGGAAACUUUCCUCGCGGCGCAACAAACAGGAAAAGAGUGGCAGCGUUACGCACCGAGGGAAAAUAUUCCAGCUAACACUCCGCAAACCGGGCGUUAUUUCCUCGUCCUGACUGGAUGAAGGGGGUCCAGCCCUCAUAGGCUUCCUUUCUUCCUACAUCUAUCCAUCCAUGCGCACCAAACCGAUCUUUCAGCGGGAGUUUGACGCGUGAUCUCCGGGGAGCCGUCAGCACCGCCAACUUUUACGCGCGUCCUUUCGCUAAAUGUUCAAGGAAUGGAAAGUAUUCUUGUGGAAUUAUAAGCUCGGGGUCAAACGGGACAGUAGCAGAUAAAGUUGGAAGUCUUUGAAUUCCGUGGCUUGCCUUAUAUACUGUGUCAACCUGUUCUCUGGAUCCGAGGACGCGCGCCGCCGCGGUGGAAACUCCGGGUCCAUGUGGCGCUUCUGGGUCGCGGAUCAGCGGACGGUUCGGUUUCAGAUGAUGUGGCUGCUCGUGUGCUCCUUCAUCGCGGUGUUGAGUGGUGAGAAUUACCCCACACAGGCCCAGGUGAUGUCCUCCAGAGUCAUGAGGACUUCAAACAUACGCAGCAAUGUAACAGACAGCAAUCGCCUCACAGACUUGUACCGGAAGGAAGAGGUCAUAAUGAUCAAGGGUGGAGGUCACGUCCAGAGCCCACGCUUCCCCAGCUCUUACCCACGCAACCUGCUGCUGUCAUGGAAACUACUGUCGCCACCGCACACACGCAUCCUGCUGGAGUUCGAUGCUCAGUUUGGACUGGAAGAGGCCGAGAAUGGAGUCUGCAGGUAUGAUUAUGUGGAAGUGGAGGAUAUUUCUGAAACCAGCACCAUCAUCUGGGGCCGCUGGUGUGGUCAAAGAGCUCCGUCACGGAUCACAUCCAAAACAAACCUCAUCAAAAUCACCUUCAAAUCAGACGAUUACUUCGUAGCCAAACCAGGAUUCAAGAUCUGCUAUUCACUUCUGGACAGCUCACCACUCGCCUCUCUGACCAAUUGGGAAGCAGUUACCAUAAUGUCAGAUUUGGGUGGGACUUCAGGCACGGACACGCCCCUGUCUGCGUCUGCGCUGGACAUGGAGAUCUCCAGCAUGAGCACAGUGGAGGAGCUGCUGAGACACAUGAACCCCUUCAGCUGGCAGGAGGACCUGGAGCAGAUCUACACACACACACACUACUACAGACCCCGCGCCUUCCACAGCGACCGCAAACACAAACUGGACCUGGACCGUCUGUAUGAGGAUGUGAAGCAGUACAGCUGUACUCCGCGGAAUUACUCUGUGAAUCUGCGAGAGGAGCUGAAGGCCACCAACGCCGUCUUCUUCCCUCGCUGUCUGCUGGUGCAGCGCUGCGGUGGAAACUGUGCCUGCGGGACCGACAACUGGAACUCCUGCACUUGCAGCUCCGGAAAAACCGUCAGGAAACUGCACGAGGUGCUGAAGUUUUCUCCAGGUGCCAGUUUCUACAGGAAGAAAAGCAGAGCGCGGUGGACUCUGGAGGAGAUUUACCUGCAGCAUCACGAGAGAUGUGACUGUGUGUGUCAAUCCAGACCACCACGAUAAACACACGCACACACGCACACACAUUAAAGUCCAAAGCACCAUAGUGAAUACAUACAUACACAUACCAUCACAUUAAGUACAUACACAUAGAGUCCAGACAGCUACGAUAAACACACACAUUAUAGAUAGCCACGAUUAACAACCAUUCACACACACACACACACACACACACACACACACACACACACACACACUAGAGUCCAGACCAUCACAUUAAGUACACACACAGAGUCCAGACAGCCACGAUAAACACACACACACACACAUUAUAGAUAGCCACGAUAAACACACACAAGAAUCCAGACCGCCACAAUCAAUUAUUCCAUACACACACAAUCCAGAUAGCCUUGAUACACACAUACACACACAUACAGAGAUUCUAGAUAGCCACAACAACACACAUACACACUGAUUCUAGAUAGCCAUGAUAAACACACACAAGAGUCCAGCCACUGUCACAAUGAACACACACAUACACAGUGAUUCUAGAUAGUCACGAUAAACACACACACAAGUCCAGACCGCCACAAUGAACACACAGAGUGAUUUGAGAUUGUCACAAUUAACACACACAGAGUCCAGCCACCGUCACAAUGAACACACACACACACACACACAGAGUGAUUUGACAUUGUCACAGCACACACACACACACAGAGUCCAGCCACCGUCACAAUGAACACACACACAGAGUGAUUUGACAUUGUCACAGCACACACACACACACAGAGUCCAGCCACCGUCACAAUGAACACACAUACACAGAGUGAUUUGACAUUGUCACAAUAAACACACACACACACACACAAGAGUCCAGUCAUCAUCACAAUGAACACACACAUACACAGUGAUUCUAGAUAGUCACGAUAAACACAAACACAAGUCCAGACCGCCACAAUGAACAAACAGACGCACACACACGCAAAGUGAUUCUAGAUAGCCACAAAACACACACACACAAGUCUAGACUGCAACAAUGAACACGCCAUGAUAAGCAAACACAUAUACACACACACAAAGUGAUGAACGCACAAAGAAAAGACAUACACACAUACAUUAUCCAUAUCUCCCCUCAAACAAACCUUGUACAUACACACACAUUCUGAUUUUCAGGUGCAUACACCUAAACACACACACACACCUCGGUUGUGUUUGGAUUGUCUGCUAUGUAGCGUUCUCUGUCUCUUGUUUCUUCUUCUCAUUCAGAUGAUCAGUAAAGUCACAUGAUCUCACCCACGGAAUGUAUAUGAAUAUUAAUGAGGCGUUUGCUCUCUGAGACCAAUCAGAAGCCAGAGUGGGCGGUUCCUCUGCUCCAGUCCAGUGUUAUUUAUUAAAUGAACUGUCUUUGUGUUUUUAUACGUGUGAUGGAGCUGCUGUAUGCUUUCUCUUUCUGCUCUGUUCAAGUGAGUAGCGUUAAACACACACACACACACACACACACACACACACACACACACACACACACACACACACACGCGAAGCACUUCUGUUUCCAUUUUUAUAGGAACGUCUGGUUUUAGGACUGAUAUUUCUUCACACUUUACCAGUUUGUUUCUGUCCGAGUACAAAUAUUCUGAUGACGUAUAAAAGUAUUGGACAUAAUAAUGCUUUACUAAAAACAAACUUCUAAUUAUGAA